AUGCUGACAAAGGCUGCAAAGAGAGAGAAGUUGCGCUUGCUACGGGAAGCUAGGAAAACCGGAGGAAGAGUUGUGCUAGAUUCUGAUGACGAUGAAUCUAACUUGAAUGAGAUAUAUGAUGAAGUGGACGAAGAGACUUUCAGAGAACACAAAAGACAUCAAUUAAUGAAUGAUGAUUUCAUUGUCGAUGACAAUGGAGAAGGAUAUGUUGAUAAUGGUGCUGACGAAUGGGACGACUCCUCGCGUCCUAACUACUAUUCUGAUGAAGAGGAUAUUGAUUCAAGCAAGAAGAGGCGCAAGACGAAGGAGGGUCAGAGACCCGCCAAAGUUGCAAAGACAGCACCAAUAAACAACUUUUUCAAGUCAACUACUUCCAGGAAUAACGACAUCAAGAAGGUGGAUAUGAAUAUUGACGACAUCCUUGAAGGUUUUGAAGACGUGCCACAGAAGAAAUUCAGCAUGGCCAAAUCGUUUGCCAAUUUCAAGAAAAGCAAUACCAACAACAAAAAGAAGAAGCCAAGCACGUCCUUUACGUUCUCCACUAUCGCUAAAGAAAAGAAGGCGCCACCAGUCGAAGCAUUCAAUGCAUCUUCGGACUAUACCAUGGACUUUGAUGAUGUUGAACAACCUUCAUCUCCAGUGACGACCAUUGCCAGUGAUUUAGCGGUCCAGGAAAAGGAGAACGUCGACCCUGCCUCGUCUCCUGGGAAAGAAGUGAAGGCAGAGAAAGCAACUUCCGAACAAGAAAGCGAUUCCAAUGAUGAUGAUGAUGAUGUUAUUUUUGCUAAAAGACCAAAAACAGCAGUCGUUAAAAGGGAAACCAAAGCAACAACUGUCUCCUCAGUCAAAACUGGUGCGAUCUCGUCGUCGCCAUCAAGACCUCCUUACACUGCAUUUGCAAAUCACACAGAAAAAUUGGAUGAACUGACCGUGAGCAGCGAAACCGGGUCUUUUAAAAUGUUUUGGAUGGACUAUGCUGAGCUCGACAAUUCAUUGUUACUUUUUGGAAAGAUUCAAACCAAGGAUGGUAAAUUGGCUUCGGGUGUGGUUCAAGUCAAUGGGCUUUGUCGUGAGUUAUAUAUAUUACCUAAAGAAAACAAAGAAGCAGGGGAUAACCAAAGAUUUUCCACAGACGAGGUCCUUAAAGAGAUCACCCCGAUUUUUAUGAAAUAUUAUCAUUUGGAAGCUCUAAGGGCAAAAACAGAGACUAAAAAGUAUGCUUUUGAGUUGGCUACUAUACCCAAGGAAGCAGAAUAUUUGAAAGUAUUAUUGCCUUAUAAUAACGAUACAAAUAAAAGGGUCCUCCCCUCGGACACCGAGGGCGAGACCUUUAGUCACAUAUUUGGAACCAAUGCAAACAUGUUUGAGUCUUUUGUCACACAGAGAAAUAUCAUGGGUCCAUGUUGGCUAGAUAUUCAAGGGGGAGAUUUUACCGCUAUUCAAAACUCGUCACACUGUCAAAUUGAAGUUGCUGUUGCACUGCCAGGGAAGAUAAGCGUUGUUGACAAAUCUCCCCCAGCAGCUCCCAAUUUGACAUGCACCUCGAUAUCCGUGCAAACUGUGAUGAACCCAAAACAAAAUAAGCAAGAGGUUGUUUCCGUGUCUUUAGCAACUUAUUUCAAUUUGCCUCAAGAUGCUCCCAUUCCUGAAGAUUUGAAGCCUGACGACGUAAUUACAUUUGCCAGGCCCGUUGGCAUGGUUUCGUUUCCACCGGGGAUUGCGCAAUUGGCAAGUAAGGAGCAGUUCUCAUUACGCACAUGUCCCAAUGAAAAGGUUUUGCUCAAUGCGGUUGCUGCAAAAAUCAAAUCUGUUGAUCCCGAUAUAUUUAUUGGACAUAGGUUGGAAAAUAUUUCUUUAGAUGUUUUGGUGCAUCGAAUGCAUGAUCAUAAAGUGACUACCUGGUCAGCAUUGGGUCGCAGAAAUAGGAAGCAAUGGCCACAUUCUAUCAACAAUCAAGGGUCGGGCUUUAACAAUAACUUGCUCAUUCGUGAGGUCUUCCGGGGAAGAUUAUUGUGCGACAUUGCCAAUGAAAUGGGACAGUCAUUAACCACCAAGUGUCAAUCGUGGGAUUUGGUUGAGAUGUAUGAAGUGGUGUGCCACAAAAAGCAUAAUGCAAUGGACAUCAAUUAUCAAAAUUCGAAAUUCUCAGAAGACGCAACACUAUUCAUGCUUGCAUUGCGAGAGAAUGAAGUUAAUGUGAAAAUUGCCAGUGAAGUUGCAUUUGCCAUUCAAAUUCUUUCGUUGUCGAAACAGUUGACCAACAUUGCUGGAAAUGCUUGGAGUCAUACUUUAAGCGGUACCAGAGCCGGUCGAAAUGAAUACAUUUUGUUGCACGAAUUUAGGAGAAACAACUACAUUGUGCCCGAUAAAGAGGAUUCAACUCAUAAAAACACAUCUUUUCAACAAGAAGCCCAAUUGGAAAAUGCCGAGGAAGACGUACAGACUGCUACAUCAAACAAAAAGCCCAAGUAUCAAGGUGGAUUGGUUUUUGAGCCAGAAAAGGGGUUGCACAAGAAUUACAUUUUGGUUAUGGAUUUCAACUCGUUGUAUCCUAGUAUCAUUCAGGAAUAUAACAUUUGUUUCACCACUGUUGCGAGGGAUAGAUUCAAUAUCACGCAUAAUGAAGAUAAGGAUAUGCCGGUGAUCCCAGAAAAUGAUUCAGAGACGGGAGUUUUGCCACGAUUGUUGAACACUUUAGUCACUCGUCGUCGAGAAGUGAAGAAGCUUUUGAAGGAUCCGAAAAACACACCUUUCCAAAAAGCUCAGUAUGACAUUAAACAACAAGCAUUGAAGUUGACAGCUAAUUCCAUGUAUGGUUGUUUAGGUUACGUGAACUCCCGGUUCUAUGCCAAGCCUUUGGCUAUGUUGGUUACGAAUAAAGGUCGUGAAAUUUUAAUGGAUACGAGACAACUUGCCGAGUCAACGGGAUUGAGGGUCGUUUACGGUGAUACUGAUUCGGUUAUGAUAGAUACCGGUGCUCAAAGCUUGAAAGAGGCGAUAAAAAUUGGAGAAGAGUUUAAGGUGCAGGUAAAUGAGCGGUACAGGAUGUUGGAGAUUGACAUUGACAAUGUGUUCAAGCGUUUGUUAUUGCAUACCAAGAAGAAGUAUGCUGCGAUGAAUGUGUCAAUAAACAAGGCUACUGGUGAAGAAAUGACAGCAUUGGAGGUUAAGGGAUUGGAUAUGAGAAGACGUGAAUACUGUCAACUCUCCAAAGAUAUCUCGACAUAUGUAUUGAUGAAAAUUUUGUCGGAGUCAGAUCCUGAAGAAGCGUUGCAGGAUGUUUACGUGUAUUUGGAAGAGAUGCGGGACAAGAUCCAGGGACAUGAAAUAUCUGUUGACAAGUUUAAGAUCAACACUAAACUUUCAAAAGACCCAAAUAGCUACCCCAACGGGAAGACAAUGCCUCAAGUACAGGUUGCUCUUCGUUUGAAAAAGGAAGGAAAAGUUAUCAAGGCCGGUAGUGUCAUAUCCUACGUUGUUACUGCACCCUUUGACGAAUCUGACAAGUCUACAACUGCUGAGAGGGCAAGAGCAAUACAAGAGUUGUUAUCCAAGAAGCUGGAUUUGAAGCCAGACCCAAUGUUUUAUCUCGAGAAGCAAAUUUUUGCUCCCGUUGAAAGAUUGUUGGAUAAAAUCGACUCUGUUGAUAUGAUGCGCGUGGCCACAAGCUUGGGUAUUGAUACUAAGCGCUAUAUCCUCAAGGUGAAGAAUGAAGGCUUCAACGGAGAAAUCACCUCAAUUGAGUCCAAUAUUUCCGAUGAUGAGAGAUUUAGACAAUCCAGUUAUUUAGUUUUGAGGUGCAAUUGUGGACAUGCAUUCAGAUUUGGUGGAAUUCAAUCGUCAAACGAUUACCAAGUUACAUUCAAUGGUGUCACUUGUAAAAAAUGUGACUACACUUUCCCCAUAAUCAAACUCACUGCGCAACUUGAAUCAACCAUACGGCAACACAUUGCCUUAUACUAUUGUGGUUGGUUGGUUUGCGAUGAUACGUCAUGUGGUAUUCAAACAAGGCAAAUCUCUGUGUAUGGGAAACGAUGCAUUGGAGCUUCAGGUAAAGGAUUGGACUGUCGAGGGGUGAUGCGGUACAAGUACACUGAUAAGGCCUUAUACAAUCAGUUGUUGUAUUUCAAUUCAAUCUUUGAUGCUGAAAAGACAAAAGCGGGCAAGUUGAGACCAAUUGUUGAUGCCCUAGAGGCGACGAGUGGCGAAGAGCAGCAAAAGAUUGCCCAGGGACAAAUUGAUGCCUUGGUGGAACAAAAUAAAGAGUUGUUUGGAUACUGUCAAGACGUGAUACUGAAGUAUCUUGAAGAGUGCGGACGUAGAUACGUCAACAUGGGUUCCAUUUUUGAUUUCAUGUCAUAA